UUAGAUAUUUAGAUCGUUCGAAUUUUUUGAAUCUCUCUCUCAGUUUGGGCCAUGGCGAUGGUUGUGGAUUCAGAAGGGGGUGAGUUAGGGUUUCCGUACUGGACCUCCCUUCGACGGAAAUUCAGUCCUGACUCCCCCUUCUUUGCUUCCGGUAACAUCGAGAGAGAACUCCUUGCCAAACAGGUUGCAUUGGAUAUAACUGAAGAUGAAAGGCAUCAGCUUCAGGGUUUGAUAGAUGAGGAAGUCAGCAAGGAUGUUUUAUGUCCCAUUUUUGGCUGUGGUGCACGGUUGAAAUCAUUGGAGGACUUUGAAGAUCAUUAUAAUGCAAGGCACACUGCUUCUUGUUCUGUCUGCUCAAGAGUUUAUCCAACCUCUCGCCUGCUCAGUAUACACGUGUCUGAAGCUCACGACUCUUUCUUUCAGGCAAAAGUUGCACGAGGCUAUGUGAUGUAUGAAUGUCUUGUCGAAGGCUGUGGUUCGAAGUUUAAGAACUACAAAGGUCGGCAACGGCAUGUGGUGGACAAGCAUAAGUUCCCCAAGUCCGUUGAGUUCUUCAAGAAAGUCCAUCCGUCAAAGAAACAAAGACAGAAGAACCAACAUAAACAAACUACUCAUAUGGAUGAGGCGACAAGCAAAAUGGAAGUGGAAAAUGAAACCAUUGAUGGCCUUGUUUCGGCAGUCUCAAAGUUGAGCACCUCAGAUUCCAUUCCUUCUUCUGUCAGCUUUGGUCGUCGCCAUUCUCGUGGGCUCACGUUUGUACCCCGAGCUGUUCAUCGUGACAAAAAGCAAGACUCCACUCCAGAAUCUUCAAUGUGAAGGUUGUUUGAAGCUGAAGCUGUUGGGACAAACUGAGUGCUCAUAUGGGUCUGACCAAACUUUUUUCCUCAGGUUCUCGUUCUCUGACCUCAUCCUUGUUAACACAGAAUCCAUUUAUGUACCCUCAAAUUAAUCUCUCAGUAUGACUUGUAUGUUUGGGAAUUGAAACAAUUGUAAAUCAUGCGAGGGAGAAAGUUUCACUCAUUGUUCCUUAUUGAUAGAUUGGUUUAUACAUUUUACGGAUUAUAAGACUCCCAUCCCAUGGCUUGAUGUUGCAUCUCUCGAGUGUUUUGAGAUUUUAAUUGGGCUUCUGAUCUUUAGUUCGGCCCAAUCAUUCUAGUCGAGACCCCUUUCCAUGUGUUGAGCAUAAGCCCAAGGCUCGAGCAAAUAUGGUUUAAGCUGGGCCCAAUGCUAAAAGCCCAACUCUUUCCGGCCUGUAUGGACUACUAGGGAGGCUGGAGGCAUGUCGGUCGAAAAUCAGAAUCUCCUUGUCCACAAAGUUAGUUCUCUGAAAAGAUCGUUUCGUUCAAUUUCGGAAAAGAGAAGUGAGAGAAUGGACGCCAUAGACUCAGUGUUCGAUCCGCUCAGAGAGUUUUCCAAGGACAGCGUUCGCCUCGUCAAGAGAAUUUACGAAGGUGGCGGUCCGUACAGCUAUUGGUUUCGUGGUGAUGGGAUUUGUCGGGUUCUUCGUGAAGCUGAUAUUCAUCCCUAUCAACAACAUCAUCGUCGGAUCUGGCUAGGUCAGACUGUAAUGGUUGGCAGUUCAGUAGAAUCAGAAGGGAAAUGAGAGCGUGAAAACUCACUUUAGGAUUUUAAUUUGCAGCAUACGAGAGUACAUUUGUUGUUGACAAUAUUUGGAUUUGCUUUAUAAUGGCAUGCGUUGAAAUGUUUACUCAUCCUCUAUGGUA